AUGGUGCAAGCAGCCCCAGUGCCAAGAGGCCCUAUCAAGUCCGAGCGCAAUCGCGCAGCGGCAGCUUCGGGCUCAGGCCAGCACUCGACCUCUUCGACCAGCUCGGCGUUUCACAAGAAGCGUGCUCAGGGCAAGACAGCCUCCCACAGCAGUUCGAGCGCUGCUCGCGGAGGCCAGUCACGGCCGAAUGCAAGUGGACCUUACCAAGGCUCGCGCAAUGCCAGACAGCCAACCCAGGAGCAACAAUCGAACGCCGCUGACGACGACGACGACCAGAGCUCGGAGGAGGACGAGGACGAGGAAACGGACAUUCGAUCCAAGACGACACUUUCGCUCUCAGCCCACCAACUACCACCUCUGGCCGCUCUAGUCGACACGCUCUCGCAGUUCCGCUACCUGCAACGCCUCGAUCUUUCCUCGAUCGAGCCCUCGGAGGCAUCUGCAGACGGCCUGUCGACGCUCGCAUGGCUGGCCAAGGCUGUGUUCCGUAGCAAGGCAAAGCUCGAAGCUUCACCGAGCAAGGGGAAAGAGCGCGCUUUCGGCGACAACCUUACCUGGCUCAAUCUCUCUUCGAACCUCAACCUCACCUCGGAAGCAUGCAUCGGUCUCGAGGUGCUCGAAGAGCUGUGCGUGCUCAAUCUCUCGCACUGCGCUCUCAACGCCAUCCCCGUCUCCAUCUCGCCGUUGCACAACCUAAAGGCUCUCGUACUCAACAACAAUGCCAUCUCCACCCUGCCCAAGUCAUUCCCCCACCUGCCAGAGCUCAACUCGCUCAUCCUCUCGCACAACCAGCUCACGUCUCUGCCCGCUUCGCUCCCGGCGUCUCUGCCCGCCCUCAAGAAGCUCUCGCUGGGUCACAACAUGCUACGAGGGAGCGAGAGCCUGCCCGACUUUUCGCUGUGUCUGGCGCUGCGCGAAGUCCGCCUCAACGACAAUGCGGAGCUCAAAGCGUUGCCGAGCCACGUACGCAACUGGGGCAAGGGUGCUGACGGCAAGACAGCGCCAGGGCUCGAGCUGUUGGAGCUCAAGGACUGCGGCUUGGAUACCUGGGAGUCGCUCUCGACACUCGCAGAGGCUGACGAAGAGAAGGAACAGCAGCCAAGGCUGCGCAGGAAGGGUUUGACCCAGCUGCUGCUCAAGGGCAAUGGCGUGUCGCAGCUUGACGACUACAAGGAACGCAUUACGCACGUGCAUCCUACUCUGCGUGUCCUCGACAACGAGAGGCUACAGCCAAGAGCACGCCCUGCGGAUAUCGAGGAUGCCCAGAAUAGUACCAAGCCUGCAGAUCGAGGCGAUGACAGGCGCCCGAUGAAGGAGGGCAAGCGUCAGGAAAAGCGCGAAGAGGCACUCAAGAAGCAGACAAAAGCAAUGCGAAGGCAGGACGACGACGAUUCGGACGACGAUGACGACGAGGCUGCGCAGAUGGCGGCCGAGAUGCGCGCCUUGCGUCGAGGGAAGCCGUCCGAGCCAAGAAAGGAGCCCUCAGAGUCUGAUGGCGAGUCAGACGACGAUGAGGCGGCGCAAAUGGCCGCUGAGAUGCGAGCUCUGCGCCGCGGCAAAGCUGCUUCCGAGCCCGCCAAAGCGUCCAAGAAGAAGUCCAGCGAGCGACCCAAACCGGAAGAGAAGACGAAGCACGGCAAAGCGAAGCCCGUUAAGGACGUGUCCGGCAAGCGAUCCGACAAGUCGGGUUCGGGAGCAGCGGAUGCUGGUGUGCAAGGGGAGUCCAAGCCGAAGCACAAGCGCGGCACGCGUGCGGGCAAGAAGGGCAAGAAGACCGAUUCAGCAUCCGCCUCUACUGCUGCCACCACUGACAAGAAGGACAAGAAAGACGCUCGCGACGGAGGAUUUUUCGAGACGGUCGAUGCCGAGGCGGAAAAGGCGCGGCUGGCACCGAUCUACGAGCUGAGCAAGAAGCGCGCCAAGAUUGCCACUGGUCGCACCGAGGUGGCCGAGGGCGUGCUCGAGGACGUCAAAGCGGCGCCGUCCAAGACGCAAGGUCGCACUGUGCUCGGCUCGUUUGACGACUCGACCCCCGCUGAUGUGGCCAGCAAGCGCAAGAAGAAGCAGUCGAGCAAUGUCAAGGACGACACACCAGCUGCACCCGUCAACACCAGCGUUGCGGCUAUCGUCGAUGUGCGCAAGAAGGACAGCAAGAAACGCAAGGCCGGCGUCGACAAUGCGAGCGCUACCAGCAAGAAGCAAAAAGCGGCAAUGCCAUUUGCUCUCCCGGCGGCGGCAGCGGGCGAGGCAGCUGGCACAGCAAAGCAGCCGUACUCGUUUGGUGCAGGUGCCGACGCCUGGGGUGGCGCAGCGAGGAGGGCAGUCGAGCCCUAUGCAACCCCGGCGAGCAAGCUCAGAGACCUUGGCAGACAACAACGAUCGAGUCUCCUGCUGUAUCUCACUUCAUACGACGCUGCAUCGCGCAAGCUCAUGUUGCCGACAGUCUGGACGCCUCGAGUGACCCGACGUGCUGCCCUUGCCUCUGCCUCGAUUGCUCUGCUGCUUGCUGCGGGCGGAACUGGCUCGCGCACUCUGAUUCCGGCGUGUUCAGCACAGCGCUUUUCGCAUCACAAGUCUUCAGUGCUUAAGGCAGGCACUGAAAACGCUUGCACGACGUCGUCCUCGCGCAACGCAAGCUACGCCUCGGGCGGGGGAGGAUUCGAAUCAGUCGACAACCCGUUCAAAAUGGACCGUCCUCUCAACGUCUUUGGCCGACCGCUGGCACAAUGUGGUACCAACCCCAUCACCGGAUUCUACCGCGACGGAUACUGCAAUACCGGUCCUGCUGAUGGUGGGUCGCACACGGUGGCAGCGGUGGUGUCGCAAAAGUGGCUCGACUAUUCGGCGUCGAAGGGCAACGAUCUUCGACCGAUGCUGUCCGAGGGUUGCUCGUGGUGUCUGUGCGUGUCGCGCUGGAAGCAGAGCCUGGAUGCAUACAAGCGCGGCGAGCUCGCCAAGGACGGUGUGCCCAAGAUCAAGCUCCAGGCUACCCACCAGCGCGCACUCGACAUGGUGUCCAUCGAUGACCUCAAGGCUUUCGCCCUCGACGACGCGUCCAUCACGCCCAACGCCGCGUCGCAGGACCCUGCCAAUGGCGGCCCUAUCCGCUGA